CUUGACUCUAUGGAUUUACUCAUUCCUUUUCCUCUAUUUUUGUCAUCCAUUCUCACCAAGGAGUCCCCAGCCCCAGAUGUCAGGUGAAGAGGGGGGCUGAAACUUCUGCUCUCUGGAGGAAAGAUUGCAUACGAUGAAGAGGAAGAGCAGCUGAAGGAGCAGCUCUGGUAAAUAGGGUCUUUUGCCUUUUGGAAAAUGCAUUUACCACACUCCUUGGCAAGUCCCUCAGAAAGAACAGAACGUGUUUGCUUCCAGAGAUGAACACGUCCUCUCAACUGUAUGUUUCUGAACUAAACCUGAGUGCCUUUGGCAGCAACUUUACUGUGCCUACUGUCAAGAGCAAGUCAUCGCCAUGUGAGCAAGUGGUCAUUGCAGCUGAGGUGUUCCUAACUCUGGGCAUUGUAAGCCUCCUUGAAAAUAUCUUAGUUAUAUGUGCAGUAGUUAAGAACAAGAACUUGCAUUCACCCAUGUAUUUUUUUGUUUGCAGUUUAGCAGUGGCUGACAUGCUGGUUAGUGUGUCUAAUGCUUGGGAGACCAUAACAAUAUAUUUAAUAAACAAUAGACACAUAAUUAUGGAAGAUGCCUUUGUCCGUCAUAUAGACAAUGUCUUUGAUUCAAUGAUCUGCAUAUCUGUGGUGGCUUCCAUGUGCAGUUUGCUGGCUAUAGCUGUAGACAGGUAUAUCACUAUCUUCUAUGCCCUGCGUUAUCACAACAUCAUGACAGUGAAAAGAUCAGGGCUUAUUAUUGCAUGUGUCUGGACCUUUUGCACGGGCUGUGGCAUUAUCUUCAUUCUUUAUUAUGAAUCAACUUACGUGAUCAUUUGUCUCAUCACUAUGUUUUUUACCAUGUUGUUCCUCAUGGUCUCGCUAUACAUCCAUAUGUUCCUCCUAGCUCGUACUCAUGUGAAGAAGAUAGCUGCUUUGCCUGGGUACAGCUCUGUCCGUCAAAGAACCAGCAUGAAAGGAGCCAUCACUCUGACUAUGCUUCUUGGCAUCUUCAUUGUUUGCUGGGCUCCAUUCUUCCUUCAUCUCAUCCUGAUGAUCUCCUGCCCUCAAAACCUCUACUGUGUUUGCUUCAUGUCUCACUUCAACAUGUACCUCAUUCUCAUUAUGUGCAACUCAGUGAUUGAUCCCUUGAUCUAUGCCUUUCGUAGCCAGGAAAUGAGGAAGACCUUCAAAGAGAUAAUUUGUUGCUAUAGCCUGAGAAUGGUCUGUGGGUUAUCAAACAAGUAUUAAGAAAACAAAGCCAAGGAAGGGAAAAUUCUCAAAACCGGGGAAAGGAAUCGAAAUGCAACAUCUUGCAGCAUCUUGUAGUUCUGCUGAAAUGCCUAUGGAACAUCUUUCUCCAUUCAGCUGUCAUUAUUUCUGUGGCAAUCAGAAACCAUAUUUUAAAAUGUGAUUUUACCUUUCUUUCUCUCCACGCACCUCUCUCACAGUGGUGGUAGGAGCUACCCAGUGCAUCUGUAUUACGGGGAGAAAGAAUAUUUUGAAUCUCAUUUACCCUACUGAAGACUGGAUCUUAUAAGAGGAUUAUACAGGGGAAGCCUUAUUUUAAUUUGUGCCAAAUGCAAUGAGUGUGACCUGCCAUGCAAUGAGCCCAUCAGUGUGUGUUUCUCUUGAUAGUCUUUGUCUCUCUAGAUAGAGCAUGGCUUAUUUUGAUGCCCAGAAUUAACAGUUUUUUUGCUAUUUCCUUUUGAAGACAUAAAAUCAGAGAAGUAG